GGAUUUUCACUUUCUCGAUUAGUGAAAGUGGGACGUGGAUUUUGACAAGCAGGUCCUCCAUGCUAGCUUGUUAGCAUGAUAAAAGAGUGGACCACAGAGAAUUGAACGAGGAGGCGAGGUCCAAUUGGUGCGUGCAUUCCAAUAGACCUCACUGCAGUUACUUUUGUGGCUUUCAAGUGACGGUUCUCCCUGAAUGGGAGACAUGAGACAGAUCAUUUUGCUCUACUGCAUUGCCUGUGCCUCAGUUGUUUCUCAUGAAUCAAAUCAAAUUGUAUUGGUCACAUACACAUAUUUAGCAGAUUUUAUUGCGGGUGUAGCGAAAUGCUUGUGUUCCUACCUUGAACAGUGCAGUAAUAUCUAACAAAUCAUUACAAUACACACAAAUCUAAAAGUAAAAGAAUGGAAUUAAGAAAUAUAUAAAUAUUAGGACGAGUAAUGCCGGAGUGGCAUUGACUAAAAUACAGUACAAUAUAAUACAGUACAUACAUAUGAAUUGAGUAAAGCAGAAUGUAAACAUUAUCAUACUAGACUUUUUGCUGCAUUAUUAAACAGUAUUUUCCACAUUCAAUACGCUAUGCUAACGUUUACAUGUUAACAAAAAUAUGUUAAGAAUAAAUCAAAAUGUUUCAAAUGGGAUAAUGAGAGAGGCUCAGAGAGGCUUGGCAAGUUCGCAAUGCCAUCUGGGUGUGCACCGCAGGGGUCGUUGCGACAUAAGCCAAAAUUGCAUGAAAAUGUGGCGCAGCGUCUAUCAUUUGUGUGUCACGCGCAUCUCAGAUCUCGUGACUGAUGUGAGAUUAGAGCAAGUACAGUACAUAUGAUAUAUUGCUAAACACAAAUACAACUGUAAUCAAAUGUCUUAUGCUUUCUAUGGAGAUAGGGAAUUAACUGUGCCAAAUAUAGGUCAGUUAGGAAGUUGUAAUAGUAGAAUGCACAAGGUGCAAUUUCGAAUUUGGAUUUUGCAUCAUCAGUUCCUCUUCUCAUGUUAGUUGUUGCAUACCUUAGAGAGCUAUUUAUAAGUUGUCAGAAAUGUACAGAUCAACUAGCCCAUGUCAGCUAAUGUUUUUAUUUUAUUUAGGUUUUUUAGCCCAUAGAUAUUGUUGUAAUUUUUUGGUCACUCGUAUCACAUGAGACAUGGCAAAAUGUAUGGAAUUGCAAGAAAUGUAGCUUUAAAACGGCAACAUUUUCUUUUUACCCCAUGACAAAAUAUGUAGAAAUGUUCUCCACUAACAAGAGAGGUGUGAACAUUUUGUGGCAUGAACAGUGCUUGUGCCCAUAAAAAUAGACCUGGCACGUGCGUGGCAGGUGGGGCGUGAGAUGUUCCCCAAUGCUGGAAGGGGGGCCCCUAGUGAAAAUGUUUGUGAACCCCUGAGUUAGAGCUAUGCUUAGAUUGUGACAGAAUACAGCUACUCUUACAGAUUCAUGCAUGCAUCCAUUAGCCUGAGAUGUACUCUUAAGGAGCCUACCGUUUCUCCUUAAAACACUGAAUUUUAGGACCCCUUUAGGUAUAAAAAAACCCCACUACUGUAGCCAGUAGAAACGCAUUGAAUAACAGAUUCAUAAAUGGCUCAGUAAAUAUUUAAGUUUUUUGUGGACACACACCUACCUCCAUACUUCCAUUAAUUUGUAUGGGUUACCUUUAGACGAGUCUCGUGACACUGAAAACGGAGAACACCAUGGUGAGAGUGUCUCCUUUCCACAUUGGAGUCAUAUUUAGGGUUGCAAAGGAUCGGAAACUAUCCAGUAAAUUUCCGGUAAAUUAAGCCCAGGACUUUUGCUUAAAUUCAUCAAAAAAAGUUAGCUUAUAGCAGUGAACCUUUUUUUUGUAGGAUACACAUAAGGCAAUUCUAGGUCUUGGGGUAUAUUUUGGUUAAACUAUCCCCAAUUCAAUGGAAUUGCAACCCUCUGCAUGCGCAGUGCACUCUUCCAUCACAUGUACAGUUGAUUCUCAAGAUCUUGCACAUUAAUGAGAUGCUAUUGAGCCCACACUACUACACUGUCUGAGCCAAGGACUACAUGCUUUCUGUUAAGUUUUCAUUACAAGACUGGGUGGGGUAAAUAUAUUUAUGACAUACAUAAGUUUUUGUUAACUAGUAAAUAGUAGCCUACAGCAAAGUGUGUUUAAAUAAUUUCUAGCUUGUUAACAAUUUCUGCUAGUUGGUUUCUGCUACCAUGUGGGUUUUUAGCUUGCUUGAGCAUGCUAACUGAGGAGUGUUAAUUCACCUGUUUCCAUCAUGUUUCAUUUUAAAACAUUUAUCUUACAAAGGAGUUGUUUAAUCCAACUGCUAACUGUUUAUCUGUACAUGGAAUUGUAUUUGCUUCUUUUUUUUUUUUUUUUUUUUUUUUUACAAAUGUUUUCCUAAUCUUUACAGGAAAAUGCCACAGGCACUAUCUGAUGUGUGGAGACAUUUCACUGCAGCUAAUGUAGAAGGAAAAGUUGUGUACAUUUGCAAAUAAUGCGCCAAAUCAUAUGUGAAGAAUGCAACACAUCUGGCCAAGUGCAUAACGUUCCAUCAGCACUCACAACAAGCAACCUCUGACAAAAGUCCCUCUACUUCUAUUCGUGGUGAAAAUGAUGAAUCAGACACCUUAUCGAUAGCAACAGCUCAUGGUCCUCCUGGAAUCAGAAGUUUUUUUGACUCAAUGGAGGAACGUGGUCAGAGAAAUGCGAAUGAAUGUCUUGCUCGAGCUAUGUAUGCAACUGGUUCACCUCUGAUGCUCACAGGCAAUGUGUAUUGGAAGAGAUUUCUGAAUGUUCUUCACCCAGCAUACACCCCUCCCAACCAUGCUUGCUUUAUCUACUUUUUUGCUGGAUGCAGAGUUCAACAGAGUUCAAGUGAAGGUCAAGCAAAUCAUAGAGAAAGCAGACUGUAUUGCAAUCAUCUCUGUGGGUGGUCGAAUGUUCGUGGGCAAGGAAUAAUUAACUACAUCAUCUCCACCCCAUCAACCAGUAUUCUACAAGAGCACAGACACAAGGGACAACAGACACACUAGUCUCUACAUUGCAGAUGAGCUGAAGGCAGUUAUCAAUGACCUUGAACCACAGAAGGUAUUUGUACUGGUGAUAGACAAUGCUGUGAACAUGAAGGCUGCUUGGUCUAAAGUGUAGGAGUCCUUCCUACCAUCACAUCACACCCAUUGGCUGUGCUGCUCAUGCAUUGAAUCUGCUCCUCAAGGACAUCGUGGCACUGAAAACAAUGGAUACACUCUACAAGAGAGCCAAGGAAAUGGUUAUGUAUGUGAAGGGUCAUCAAGUUAUAGCACCAAAGUGAGAAGAAUAAGAGCACCACAUUGAAGCUGCCCAGCAACACCCGUUGGGGUGGUGUUGUCAUCAUGUUUGACAGUCUCCUGGAGGGGAAGGAGUCUCUCCAAGAAAUGGCCAUUUCACAGUCUGCUGAUAUGGACAGCCCCAUCAAGAGGAUCCUUCUGGAUGAUGUAUUUUGUGAGAGAGUGGGAAGCAGCCUGAAACUCCUGAAACCUAUAGUAGUAGCCAUUGCACGGAUUGAGGGAGACAAUGCCAUCCUGUCUGAUGUUUAGACUCUACUCUGUAAGAGAAGAAAUCUGUACUGCCCUGCCCACUUCACUGUUGCUCCAAGCAGAGGAAACUGCAGUUCUGAAAUACGGCAAAAAGCAUCAAGACUUCUGCCUGAAACCCAUACACGCCGCAGCAUACAUGUUGGACACCAAGUAUGCUGGCAAGAGCAUCCUGUCUGGUGCAGAGAUCAACAAGGCCAUCACUAUCGUGUCUUGCCUCCUUGGCCUGGAUAAGGGCAAGGUUCUUGGCAGUCUGGCGAAGUACACUUCCAAGCAAGGGCGUUGGUAUGGAGAUGCAAUAUGGCAGUCGUGCUAACAUAUCUCAUCAGCCACCUGGUGAAAGGGACUUUGUGGAUCUGAGUCUCUUUCCCCUGUUGCCUCUAUCAUCCUCUAAAUCCCACCAACAUCAGCCGCUUCAGAGCGCAACUGGUCCUUGUUUGGGAACACACACACCAAAGCACGCAACAGGCUGACUAAUACAAGGGUUGAAAAUUGGUGGGCAUCCGGGCAAAUUUUAGGCUUUUUGAGCUUGACAACGAGCCAUCCUCAACACGGUUGGAAAGUGACAGUGAAGAUGAGGCCUCAGAGUCUGAUGUUCAAGAUGUGGACUUUGAGGAGGUCCAGGGAGAAUACAUGAAAGCCUGAGAAGAAGACAACCAAAGCUUUAGUUUCUAGACUAUCAUUUUACAGAACUUUGUUGAAAACGUUUUUGGGAGCUGCGAUGGAUCAUUGGGGAUCAUUCAAUAUUCCCUUUCUUUUGUUGUUCAGUGAAAUCAUCCCAAUGUGAAGAGUCAACUCAUUAAAUUAAAGUUAAAUUCGUUUUAAAAAAAAAUGGAAUCAUUGAGUUUAUAAACCCUCCAAACAAACAUGGUCUCUUUUUUGCUUUUCUGAGUAAGGUAGGUGUUUCAGCCUAGCUCAGUGCUUUCCAUGGUUGUGGAGCAGCCAGCGGAAAAUAAGGAGCGUAGGGGUUGGUAAUGCUCUCUAGAUGCACCGUGAUUGGCUCAGUGUUCUGUCACUCAUGGGGACACUACCUCACUGCCAAAUCUAAGGGUAGACCUCGAAAAUUCAAGCCCCUUGGGUGCUGCCAUAGAGUUACAUUAGAGGUGACCAUCCAAGAAGGCUCAAGGUAAUUGGCCACAGAUAAAAUGUCAAAUCAUGUUAUAUCUACGGUAGCUUUGAUUGGACUGAUGUUAACAUCAUACUUUCAAAAUCUUAGCUAGCAGUCAUCAUUAUGAGUCAAGUCAACAAUCUAUUGGCAAAUCCUUUUUAAUCCUUGUCAUAUGAAGAGAAAUUAUAGAUAAAACGCAUCAGUGCUCAUCGGCCCUUGGACAUAAACAUUACACAAUAAGUUGAAAAUUGCAAAUUUAACAGUGAGUGGUUUGUAAGGAAUCAGAGGCUAACUGCAAUCACUAGCCUGCUAUUCAGUAGAGUGGAUGUGUAGUCCCAAUUCUGGGUUUAAGGGUCUCUUUUCCAAGUUUAAAAUGCUAAACAUUCAGCAUUGGCCAUGCUGUCAAUCCAGCAUGAUUUCAGCCGCGCUCAAAACAACUGAACUGAGAAAUCUGAUUACAGCGAAUUCAAGACAACUGGGAAUUCGGGGAAAAAACUAGCUCCGACUGGGAAAGUACGUUUUGAAUGGUCAUCCAACUCAGAAUUGUAAAUCGGGAGCUCGGGCCUCUUUCUAGAGCUACGACCUGAAGAUCACUGACGUCAUCCUGAUUCGACCUUAUUUUUUUCCGAGUUCCCACCCAAAAAUCCAGAGAAUGCCAGACUUUGAUGACAAAGUUAGAUGACAAAAUUUGCCCACGAAGGACCGCUGCGCCACCGUCCUGUUCAAGUAAGCACAGCACAACAAGGCUCCGGAGCAGGAUGAAGUGUUACAGUCUAUCGACAGGGCCAUCGAAGGGAUCCAUAACGUGGCCAUGAAGAACGGGGGCAAAUACAACCUGGAGCAGCGAGACGUGCUACAGAAGUUGAUCCAUCACAGGAAGGAGACCCUGUCAAGGCGAAGUCCAACUUCAUCCAGUCACAAGCAGGGCCUGCCCUCAUCUACCAGCGAACUGUCCCUCAGCCACACCCCUCAACCACCCAAUGGUGUCAGCCGCACCCUGUCAGAGAGUACCGACAAUCUUCAAGGGCUUUACCAGGUGCCUCCUCAGCCCCGCCGUGCAGCACCCAUAACCCCUCCCCCUCCUGAGAAACAAAGAGCCAGCCGACGCCCAGCAGAGUUUUCCAUUCCUCCACCUCCUGGCCCUACCCCUCCUGCCGGGACUGGCCUGUCCCCCUCGGUCAGCUCCGCCUCCCUGGACUCUGUCUCCUCCCACUCGGUGGUGUCCUCUGAUGUCAGCCUGACAAGCGUUGCCAGCACCCCGCCCCCAGUGCCAAGUCGUGUGAAGCCCCCACCCCAUCCUCCAGACAACCUGUCCCCCUCUACUCCCUCUCCCCAGCCAGUUCCCUCAAAGAAGGGCCAUGCCCCCGAACCACCACCACCACAGCCCACUCCACCACCACAGCCCACUCCACCACCACAGCCCAGCACCGAGGACCAAACAGAAACCGACUGGCCUCUUGCCCCGCCCUCUGUCGCUGAAAGCACCCCCGGCAGCCCCUCUAACUCAGAGCCUGUUCCCGGGACAACAGGGGCGGAGCUUAUCGAGCUGGUUCGGAGCAACACGGGCCUGAGUUACGAGCUGUCUCGGGUGGCGGUGGGUGUGGUCGUGGGUCACCUGCAGACCACCCUUCCUCAAGCCUCCUCUGCCUUAGAGAAGGUCCUCCUCUCAUUGGUAGAGAGCAAGGAUCAGAGAUCUGCGUUGCCACAGGGACAAGUGUGUCACGAUGAACAGCGCCUGGAGGUCAUAUUAGGCGACCUCGCCCGUCACGUCGACGACUCUCAGCAGCGCAGCUGGGCCCUUUACGAAGACCACUCCCUCAUCGCAUGUUACCUGGAGGAGCUGCUGAAGAUACUGACGGAUGCAGAUCCAGUGGUGUGUAAGAGGAUGUGCAGGGUCAACCACUCUGAGCCAGUGCUGUCACUAGUGUCCUACUAUCAGAUGGAGCACCGAGUGUCUCUACGCCUGCUGUUGCUUAAGGUGUUUGGGGCGAUGUGUAGCCUGGACUCUGCCCUCAUCUCCACCCUCCUCAACUCCAUCCUGCCCAUGGAGCUGGCCAGAGACCUACAGACUGACACACAGGAGCAUCAGAAGAUGUGCUAUACAUCCUUGGUCCUGACUAUGAUCUUCUCUAUGGGGGAGCAGGUGCCAUAUCACCACUAUGAGCACUUAAACGCUAGCUUUGUUCAGUUCCUGCUAGAUGUGGUAGAGGAGGGUCUUCCCUCUGACCCCACGGAACAGCUCCCUGACCUCUGCGUCAACCUCAUCCUGGCCUUCAACCUGCACCUCACAGUGCCCAGCAGCAACGUGAUAAUGCAGACUUUGAUCAAGAAAAACGUGAAGCUCUUUUCUGAGAAAAUAGUGCUGCUACUAAACCGAGGAGAUGACCCUGUGUGUGUCUUUAAACAUGCUCCCCCUGCCCCACACUCAGUACUUAAGUUCCUGCAGGAUGUCUUCGCCAGCCGAGACUCUGCUAACAUCUUCUACCGCACGGACAUGAUGGUGAUGAUAGAUAUCGCUGUUCGAUGCAUCUCUGACCUCUCAUCUGGGGAAAAGUUGAGAAUGGAGUACCUCGCGCUCAUGCACUCCGUCAUGCGCUCCACAGACUACCUGGAGCACCGGCACCGCCUCUCCGACCUGCAGGGCGCGCUGCAAAGGAUUCUAAGAGAGGACGACUCGGGAGCGGACGAGGGCGGGUCCACGGCCAAACAGAUGGAUAAGCUAAUAGUGCAGGAGAUCUACAAGGAAUUCCCUCAGAUCAGAGACACCUAGGACGACUGAAUAUGACAGCGGUGGUGUGCACUCAUGAGCCGGUAGUCUGUCUCCUUUAUACCGAGGGAUGGUACUGUGGCACUUCCUAGGGUUGACGGAAGGACUGUAGUCAGCUACUUAGUUUCUGAGUGUUACAACCCUCCGUCACACUUCUUACAGUUAUGAGAUAAAAGACGGCAUGAGCACCAGCUGUCGCGGCGGUUGAUUGCAUCCGUUGUGUCAUGAUUAUGAUAAUGCUAUGUAGCUCUUAUGACGGAGGAUUCAAGUUACCCAACAGCAUACUGCAUUGUGCUUUAAAUGUGCUCCCUUGUACUGAGGGACCAAACUGCGGUGUGAACGGAGGGUCUUGUAACCCUGGGACUGGUGUGCUGUAUACCGUCUUCUUACUUUCAGUCUAUUCAUGUUUCUUGAUCACUCUUAUUCCUCACCACCUGGCAUGGCCUCACAGUAUGUUACUGAGACACUUCAAAGAAAAGACAAAUUAGGUGAUUAUACUGAUAACAAAACAUUCUGGUCCAGUUUCCUAGACACUGAUGAAGCCAAGUUCUGGACUGAAAAGCGUGCUCAACGGAGAAUCUAUAUUAACUAGGCUUAAUCUGUGUCCUGGAAACCAGACCUCUGACAAUAAUACAUAAUACAUUCUAGGCUUUGAGGUUAGUUUAAUACUCACUAUUUAUUGCAAUGGCAAUGCUGCUACAUGAGCCUCAUUUACCUUAAUAUCUAUGGCUGUGAUUCUCUGACUGAGCACAACUUGUGACCCUGCUUUCGCCAUUACUUGUGACCUUGCUUUCGCCAUUACUUGUGACCUUGCUUUCGCCAUUACUUGUGACCUUGCUUUCGCCAUUACUUGUGACCUUGCUUUCGCCGUUACUUGUGACCUUGCUUUCGCCAUUUCUUGUUACCUUGCUUUUUUCCCUACACUUUAUCUACAGUAACCUCCACUCUAGGCAUGGCUAAAGUAUGACAUGCUCUAAAUUCUUCUCAACCAGACCACUCUUACUCUGCUCUGCUGCUUGUGCUGUAGAUGGAACGUAACGGUACUGUAAUAACAAGCUGUAACACGCUGCUUCUACAUACUAAGCCUUGACUAACUUCCUAUAUCGCUAUGGCUCUCUGAAAGGGAAUGUAGUUAUUUAUUCAUAGGAAAUAAUAAGGGAUUGAUAAGAUUCGAUUGGUCAGUAUUUUUUUUUUUUUUAAAUGUAGUCUGGGGUUAACUAAGGGACUUGUCACCUAGAUUGAUUGAUUGCUUUGCCCUGAUCAUUUUGGUCUGAAAUCUAUCAGUUACCACAGUAUGGUGUCUCCCAUCCUUAGGAUGGCACUCUACUAUGCCCCCUACUGUAAUUUAACCCUUUACUAUAGUACCCCUGAGAAUCAGCCUACAAGACACAAAGCUUAUCUUCUUAGUUUCCACCAGUUUUGCACGACACACAAUUUUUAUUUUGCAACUCUCACUCUUACUGACUUCUCUGAGUCACUGUCUCCCUCUCUGUCAGAGCUCUUUCUCUCUUUGUGUCAUAGUUUAUUUUUACUUGGCUCUGUUAGAGCUAAUAGGGGGAAGUGUUUAUGUGGCAAAAUAGUCGUGGCCGUCAUGAUGCACGUAUACCUAACACACACUUAAAAGGAAGUGUUUACACAAACAUAUAUACCAGAGUGUAUUUUCUCUGACGUAUGUGUUUUUAUUAUCCAGUGUUCAUGCAUAAAAGCUAUGCAUGUGUGUGUCUAUGUGCGGUUUGUGUAUAUUUUCGUAACUAUGUAUGGUUUUAUCAUCGUCCCUGUAGGUUUGAGCCUCCAUUGUCCCUUAAGGUACGACUGUGUUAUAGCAAUAAAACCAACUGAACUAUAUUUUCCCAAUUAAAUAUAUCUGAAAUGGUUGUUCAGAGAGGGGUGGUGCAACAAAGUGUAUUUUCUUAAUGUUUACAAUCAACUAAUAAACAUCUCAAUGAACA